AUGUUGGACGAGCUGAUUACGGCGCUCUAUGGCGUGCCCGGUGAUGUCUUUGUGGAGCAAAAGGGGCAGCUGGUGGUGCGCCCGGGUUUGGUUGGGAGUCAGGCGGAAGAGGCUCUUUUGAAUCGGAUCUGUGAGGUGGGCGGUAUGGCGCUGCAGUUGCAGGCCUUUGUGGAUCGUCAUGGUGCCGGAGAUCAUGGCUUGUAUCCCCAGGCCAUGGCCCUCGCUCUUGAGAACGCCUUGCAGCAGUAUCGUGAGCACUUGUUGGAUAUCCAAGCCGCUCAUGCAGAUGGGCCGCCCGGCCAGGUGACGCUGUCCCGCCUUCAGCACCUCUUGGAGCCAUACCGCGAUGCCUUUUCCUUUGCACUGCAGGCCGUGCGCGAUGCAGACCGAGAUCAGCCUCUGGGUGUGGUCCUUUUGGACGCUCUUCAGACCUGGCUGGCACAAGCCCCUCCCCAUCUUCGCGACAUGCUUGCCAGCCAGGGCUUGCUGUACGAUCCCCAUGGCGAAUUUUUUGUCAUUCGCCAGCCCGAUGCAGAGGAGCCCAUUGCCGAUCCGCGCAGUCUGGUCUGGGAUCGAUACGCGCUGAGCCUGGAAAAGGUGCCCCGGUGUCUCACAGGCACCCUGGCAGAAAAAAUUCUCAAUGCUGGUCGGACCAUUUUGCUCCUCAACAUGGGUGACCAAUCAGACGCGAGUGUGGACCACUUACUAGCCACACGAAUCAUGACACAGCUCCGCGACACACCCUGCACAGCCUGGAACAUUGAGGAAGUGGUCGGAACGGUUCUGGGUGUUGUCAACGAGCGCUUGUGGAAUUUUCUGGGCUCGGCGGGCACACUCUUGGACACUCUGCAGUUGGCUCGAGACGUUUAUCUGCUGGGUCGCGGUGAAUUGUUUUUGGCCUUUUUGCAGCAAGCCCGCACAACACUGACCAAGCCGGUUACCAAAACAACGCAAUUUGAUUUGCAAAUGGCACUCCAGCUGAUUGCCCAGCAACUGAAAUUGGAUCAGCAAUCUCGCAUCGAGGCCAUCACCUUUCACGUCUCCAAUCGUACGCCUCCGGAAGCUUCUUCCGAAAAAGCAUUACACGCCCUUCGGGUCGGGCUGGACGUUCCCUGGCCCAUGCAGCUUCUCUUCACCUCAGAACUGACAACCAGGUGCGUCAUUGCGCACGAGAACCUCCCAAGUGCCAAGAGGAUAACAGAAUUCGAACGGCAGAGGCACAAGUCGGCUGUAGCAGUCGGCAUCUUGUCGCGUGUCAGCCAGCUGCGCCUGCACAUGACAUCCUUCAUUGACAGCUUGCAGCACUAUCUCCAAGUGGACGUCAUCUCUCCUGCCUAUCAGGACAUGAUUGCAGCCAUGCAAAAAGCUGAAUCAUUCCAGGACAUUCUACGGGCACAUGCACAAUUUGUGCAACAACUGGAGCGGCAGUGCUUUGUGGCCAUGCCCACGAUCUACAAAGCUCUCUUGGAGCUCUUCCGGGUUUGCGAGCGACUGGCUGCCAUCAUUGACGCCUACCGAGACCUCAGCCUCCUACCAGAGCGCGAGGUUGUGCGUGAGGAGGAGGGCUUCCGUCGCACGGCGGUCUUUCUUUACCGCGUUUUGACGACUGUCCAAGACAAGCAUCUGAGUCGUUUGUUGCUGCGCCUUGAUUUUAACUUUAGGUACAUGAAGAUAAAUCCCGCCAAGAUGAAGCAAAUCACGCCAAGCUGUGUGUGUGUGUGUGUGUGUGUGUGUGUGUGUGUGUGUGUGUGUGUGUGUGUGUGUGUGUGUGUGUGUGUGUGUGUGUGUGUGUGUGUGUGUGUGUGUGUGUGUGUGUGUGUGUGUGUGAUGAUAAAAUUUGUGGUGGUGGUGAGUGAGAGGGUGGAGGGGGCUCAAGGUACAAUGGCGGCAGCGGGCAGAGGAGCGCUUGAUGUGGGGGAGGAUCUUGAGCUCUCGGCGCAAGAUUUGGCUGCUUUGCAGCAACUGUCUCAGAUUGUACGGAUACCCGCACUGGACCGUGGUCUUGUACGACCGCGGCUCCGAGCUGAUGAGCCUGCGAGCCAACCGGCCAAGGCAACCUCUUCAUCCACGAGUGGAACCACGUUCUUGACGACCUCGGCUGCCUCAGAAACGCUGGAGGACGACUCUGCCGACGAGGUCGAAGAAGAGGAAGAAGCUGUGGCUGAAGACAGUUUUGUUGGAGAUGAGGAAGUGGAGGAGGAAGUGAGUGACGAGGUUGAGGAGGACGUGGUUGAAGAGGAUAUGGCAUGA